AUGGUUCAGUUUUCUCAGGUUCUGGCUGAAAUUGGUGACUUCGGUCGCUUUCAGAUACAGCUGCUGCUGCUGCUGACUGUCCCCAACAUCCUGGGUGCCUACUACAUGUUUGCCCAAGUCUUCAUGACCCUGGAUGAGACGCACCACUGUUCGGUGGCGUGGGUCAAGAACCACACCUUGAACCUGAGUGCUGCCGAGCAGCUGUCCCUGAGCGUGCCUCUGGAUGCUGUAGGCAACCCUGAGCCCUGCCGCAUGUUCCGGCCUCCCCCCGAUGGUGCCAGCCUGGACGACAUCCUCAGCCACCGCUUCAAUGAGACACAGCCAUGUGUGGCGGGCUGGGACUAUCCUGAAGAUAAGCCACCGUCCCUGAAGAAUGAGUUCAACCUAGUGUGUGACCGGAAGCACCUGCAGGAGACCUCGCAGUCAGUGUACAUGGCGGGGCUCCUCGUUGGUGCUCUCAUCUUUGGGCCCCUCUGUGACUGGAUUGGUCGUAAAGUCAGUAUCCUGAUACAGCUGCUGCUCUUUGCCCUCAUCGGCGUGGGCAUGGCCUUUGUGCCCAACUUUGAUCUCUAUGUGUUCAUGCGCUUUGCUGUGGCUACUGCCGUGUCUGGAUAUGCCUUGACCAAUGUCACCUUACUUGCAGAGUGGGUGGGGCCCUCGCGGCGGACUCAGGCCGUGGUCCUGGCCCAGUGCGGCUUCUCCAUCGGGCAGAUGGCCCUCGCGGGACUUGCCUACGGCGUCCGUGACUGGAGGCUCUUCCAGAUCGCCGGCAGUGCGCCUGUCCUUCUGCUCUUCUUCUACUUCUGGGCUCUGCCAGAAUCUGCCCGGUGGCUCCUGACCAAGGGAAGGGUUGAGGAGGCUAAACGAGUGAUCCAGAAGGCAGCCUCAGUCAACAGGCGGAAACUCUCCCCAGAGCUGCUGAGUCAGAUGGUGCCAGAGAAGACAGGCCCCACAGGGAAUGCCCUGGACCUGUUCCGACACCCCCAGCUCCGGAAGGUGACCCUGAUUCUCUUCUUCAUCUGGUUUGUGGACAGUCUGGGGUAUUUUGGUCUGAGCCUCCAAGUGGGGGACUUUGGCCUGGACAUCUACCUGACGCAACUAAUCUUCGGAGCAGUUGAGGUCCCUGCCCGCUACUCCAGCAUCUUCAUGAUGGAGCGGUUUGGCCGCAGAUGGAGCCAGCUGGGGACUCUGGUUGUGGGUGGCCUGAUGUGCAUCAGCACCAUCUUCAUCCCAGCAGAUCUGCCCAUAGUGACCACCGUGCUGGCCAUUGUGGGCAAGUUUGCCACAGCCUCUGGGUUUACGAUCUCCUACGUAUACUCUGCGGAGCUCUUCCCCACCAUCAUCAGGCAGACGGGCAUGGGGCUGGUGGCCAUCUUCUCAAGGAUCGCGGGCAUCCUCACGCCCCUGGUGAUGCUGCUGGCCUACUACCACAAGGCCCUCCCGAAGGUCAUCUACGGCAGCCUCCCCAUCGGGGCGGGCUUACUCUGUGUGUUGCUGCCUGAGACGCGUGGCCAGACCAUAAAGGACACCAUCCAGGACCUGGAGCAGCAGCCCCAGCCGUGGGCUCAGAAGGCAGAGCCCUCAGAGAAGGGAGCGGAGGACUCAGGAAGAAUGUCCAGCCCAGGGGUGGCCGUUGUGAGCAGCACGUACUUCUGA